AAAAAAAAAGGGUCACCGGCCCAACUUACAGCGCUCUCCUGCUAUUGCCCCUGCCUCCUCCGGCGGUCAGUGGCGGUGGCAGUAGCAGCAGGCGCCGCUUCUUCCACCCGCCGGAAUCUCCCCAUCAUCAGCUCAACCAUGGCGCCCACUGCUUGCUCAACUUCCAGUUCCCUCAUUGUUUUCAGAGCUCUUCCCCUGUUUCUGCUUCUUUCAGAUGCAUUUCUUCAAACACAUGGCGCGGGUAUGGGAAUCAACUACGGCCAGAUCGCUAACAACCUUCCAUCCCCAUCCCGUGUCGUUGGCCUCCUCCAAUCGCUCAACGUCAGCAGGGUGAAGCUCUACGACGCAGAUCCGAACGUGCUGCUCGCCUUCGCCAACACAAACGUGGAGUUCAUCAUCGGCUUGGGGAACGAGUACAUUCAGAGCGUGCCCGACGCUGCCAAAGCUCAGGCCUGGAUCGAAACCCACGUGAAGCCGUACAUUGGGCGGACCAAAAUCACCUGCAUCACAGUUGGUAACGAGGUGGACAACAGCAACGACACUCAGCUGCUCACCAAUCUCGUCCCAGCAAUGCAAUCAGUCUACAAAGCUCUCGUGAACCUCGGGCUAGAUAAGCAAGUCACGGUCACAACUGCGCAUUCUCUCAACAUCUUAGCCACUUCUUACCCACCUUCUGCUGGAAGCUUUAGGCCGGAUCUAGCUGAAGUGAUUCAACCUUUGCUGAGUUUCCACUCCCAGACUGGUUACCCUUUUCUCAUAAAUGCUUACCCUUUCUUUGCUUACAAAGGUAGCCCUGAUGAGGUGUCUCUAGACUACGCCCUUUUCGGGUCGAAUAACACAGGGAUGACUGAUCCUAUCACCAACUUGUACUAUGAUAACAUGUUGUAUGCUCAAGUGGAUGCGGUCUACUCUGCGAUUAAGGCGAUGGGGCAUACGAACAUCGAGGUCAAAGUGUCGGAGACUGGAUGGCCGUCGAAAGGCGAUGCUGAUGAAGUUGGAGCUACACCACAAAAUGCUGGGUUGUACAAUGGCAAUCUGUUUAAGAGAGUGCAGGCCAGGCAGGGUACCCCGGCUAAGCCGUCUGUGCCUAUUGAUGUGCACGUUUUUGCAUUGUUCAAUGAGGAUUUAAAGCCUGGUCCUACUUCUGAGAGGAACUAUGGCCUCUUUUAUCCAGAUGGGUCGCCGGUUUAUAACAUGGGCUUCCAUGCUUACCUUCCUGAAGGCACUGACAUUGCUUAUACUUCUGCAUCAGGGAGUGAUGGUUCUCCAGUUUUCAGUCUGAUAGUAUUUUUGGUGGCCUAUUUAAUGUGUUUAUGAGAGCACUUUUUUGCACACAAAGAAGGGGGAGAGGUCAGAAAACACUUGAAGAUCAGUAAAACUAAAGUCCACACGACCAGAGGUGAAGUCGGUUGAGUGAGGAGGAGGAAUUGGAAUGGAAAGACAUGGAAGUUUGAGCUUUCUUCAUUUACUUACAGUUAUGGUUUACAGAUAGACCAAAGAUACACCGGAUGUUGUACAAAAAAAGGCAAUAGAGUUCAAUAAAACGUAGACACUGCCAGAAAACACUAACAUACUAGGAAGUUUUGAUCUUCUUCUUUUUGCACUAUUUACUGAUAGUUUCUUUUGGUUUGACUUAUAGAAGAGAAGAGUUAUAGAAGAUUUGAGGCCAUAGUUGGUGGGGGAAACUGGAAGUAUUGUCCUUUUUCUUUAUAUGUUUGAUUUUGUUGAUCGAUUAAUGAAGGGAUUUCAUUAGGCUCUCCAUGAAAGCAUUGGUUAGCUUCAUACACAACUUCAGAUAACUCCCGUCUUGGAUCCGUGAUUUUGAGUGAAGGAGAAAGGGUUAGUGAAACCAGAAAGAUAAGCCACUAUGAUUGGUGUUAAGCACAUUUACAGUUCUUUCUUGUCUGAACUGGACAGCUUUUCCGAGAAAAGAAGUGUAAUUCAAGGGUGUUAUGAAAUUGAAG